GGAAGCUCUAGAAGUUCCACUUAAGUACAGCAGUUUUUUUUUUAGGUCUCAGACAAUUUCAUGUACAUGGUUUUAGAAAUUAGAGUUCCAGCGUUAGACUCUAUGUACAGUAAUAGUCAUUUGACUUGGUGGGUUUAAAGAUUCUUUUUUAAUUUUUUUUCAGCCAUUGGUCUAAGUUUUGCUGCAGCGUUUGAACUAUCCAUUGAGUUUUUGACCAUACAUGCCACAUCCUGUUCGAGCUAUACAGCGCUUCAACAUGGUUGCCGCAACAAAGUCAGGCAGCUUCAAGUAGAAGAGUGUUAAGGACACAGUAAGUAAGGUAAAGAGUGAGUAGGACUUCUUUGGGCAGUCAGAGGAGCAGUCAUGGCAGACCAAGUGCAACUUUUGCCCUUUUUCUAUGGCAACAUCACUCGAGAGGAAGCUGAGGACUAUCUGAGACAAUCAGGCAUGGGCAAUGGCCUCUACCUGCUUCGCCAAAGCCGCAACUAUUUGGGUGGCUUUGCUCUGUCUGUGGCCUACAACCAUCAGUGCUACCACUACACCAUCGAGAGGGAGAUGAAUGAUACAUAUGCUAUAGCAGGAGGAAAGUCCUACCGCAGUCCAGUUGAUGUGGUGGACUACCAUGCGCAAGAGUCUGAUGGCCUGGUGUGUUUGCUGAAAAAGCCUUGCAAUCGACCCCGGGGCGUUGAACCCAAGGUGGGGGCUUUCGAGGAUCUAAAGGAGCAGCUGAUCAGGCAAUAUGUACAGCACACAUGGAAGCUGAAGGGUGCCUCAUUGGAGCAGGCUAUCAUCAGUCAAAGACCUCAGCUGGAGAAGCUGAUUGCCACCACAGCACAUGAGAAGAUGCCCUGGUUUCAUGGGACCAUCACACGAGAAGACUCUGAGCCCCGUUUACUCAACAGCCCUCGAACCAACGGCAAAUUUCUAAUCCGGCAGCGAGAUAACAACGGCUCCUUUGCACUUUGUCUCCUCCACCAUGGCCAAGUCAUGCACUAUCGCAUUGACAGGGACAAAGCUGGAAAACUCAUCCCAGAUGGCAAAAAGUUUGACACACUUUGGCAGCUGGUAGAGCAUUAUUCCUAUAAACCUGAUGGCCUGCUCCGAGUGCUGACUGAACCCUGCGCACGACCCGAAGGCCCACCAGCUAUUCCUGGAAAUCAUCCAGAGCUUGGCACAGGUGGAAUUCUCUCCAGAAUCCGAUCCGCUUCCUUCCCCAAACCUGGUCUCAAAAAGACAGCGUUUAAGAAGUGUAAAGAAAAGAUCUUAGAUGUUUGCCCUGGUAAGAUCACCACAUACCUUCGCAGACCUCAAGAAUCCGAUAAUACUUACGCGAAAUCGACACUGCUUGCAACAGAGGAAUUACCCAUGAGCACUAAGGUGUACGAGAGUCCAUAUGCUGACCCUGAUGAACUACGCUCAACCACAGUGGACCGGAAAAACUUGUUUUUGGAAGAUGGAGAGCUCGGCUCAGGCAAUUUCGGCACAGUGCUUAGGGGCACGUACCAGAUGCGGAAAACACAGAAACCGGUAGCAAUAAAGAUCCUGAAGAACGGAGAAAACAACGAUGCAGUAAGAGAUGAAAUGCUUCGUGAGGCUGAAGUCAUGCAGCAGCUGGACAACCCCUACAUUGUGCGCAUGAUCGGCAUCUGUGAAGCCGAGAACCUCAUGUUGGUCAUGGAGCUGGCUGAGCUCGGCCCUCUGAACAAGUAUCUGCAAAAAAACAGACUCCUCACUAAAAACGUCACCGAGCUCGUGCAUCAGGUCUCGAUGGGCAUGAAGUACCUGGAGGAGCAUAACUUCGUUCACAGAGACCUCGCAGCUCGCAAUGUGCUGUUAGUCACUCAGCACUAUGCAAAAAUCAGCGACUUCGGGUUGUCCAAAGCCCUCACCAGUGAGCAGGACUUUUACGAGUCUAAAGGUCAUGGAAAAUGGCCCGUGAAAUGGUAUGCCCCUGAAUGCUUGCACUACUUCAAGUUCUCCAGUAAGAGUGAUGUGUGGAGCUUUGGCGUGCUGAUGUGGGAGGCUUUUUCAUAUGGACAGAAGCCAUACAAGGGAAUGAAAGGAAAUGAGGUAAUGCAGAUGAUUGAGAGUGGUGAGAGGAUGGCAGCUCCGGCAAACUGCCCACCUGAGAUAUACAACCUCAUGAAGAAGUGUUGGACAUUCAAGCCAGAGGAGAGACCAGGCUUUGCUGUGGUAGAGCCCAGGCUGAGAGACUACUACUAUGACAUUUCUCAGUGACCAGUUACCUGCUGGAAGGAAACUUGUUCAUGGUGUGAACGACUGGUUACACUGAUUACUGUUACAUUAUUGACCUUCAAACUUAUUCCAAUGUUGCUGUGCGUUUGUUCGUUCGUUCGUUCGUUCGUUUGUUUGUUUGCAAAUCCAAAGUGUGCAAUGAAUGCUUGUCUUGGUCAUAUUUUUCUACACGUCUACAGGCCAUAGCAAUAAGCAGAGUAGAAAAUGAAAUUACUGAAAUUACCAUUACUACAUGCAGCUAUUUUGUAUGUUCGCCUACUGUACAGUAACAUCUACAGUUCCUUUCAUUUGUAGCAUUUAAUCAGGAAAAUUAACCUUGGCUUUAACUUUUAAACUAUGUUUCAGUGUUUAUAUGCAGGAUAAUUAGUGUGCAGGGGCAACGGUACAAAUCCUGAAGACCUUCUUGUGAUGAUGAUUCACGGUUUUGAGAUGUGAUGUACAGUUGAUCUGCCAUUUCGCCAGGGUGAGAGUCAGUCAGAAAAGCAGCGUGUAACAGGAAGCAUUUGUGCUUUUAAGGAAGGAAGGAAGUUUCAGAGAUAAUACAGUGUAUAUAAUAAUAAAACCCAGCAUGACUGCUUUUAUAGAAAAAUCCUCACCAUCUGGCUGAUGGAAUUACCUCCCUGAAAUUGACCCUUUCAGGUAACAGCAUGUUUUUAAAGUGCUUGUUUUUAGAAUUAGAAGACGAUUUUUUUUUAUCUUUUUAUAGUUACAUUUAACAUUAGUUUUUGACACUGGAGACUCAUUCCAAAGCUACAUUGGAAUCUAAAUCAUAAACCAUAACAUAGAACAAAAACAUUCAUAUAAACCUGACGAUUUCCAUGUGCUGUUGUAUUGCAUCACCCAAUACAACCGGUCUCCAACCGAGUUACAUUUAAUUGGUAAAACAGAAUAAAACAGCACUUUUUUGUCAGCUGUCAGUGUCUGUGGUCAAGAACUGACCCUUUAAAAAUGACAGAACGGCCCAAAAUACAGCGUGGCAUAACAUCAAUUCCCUGAAGCCCUACACAGUGUUUUAUAUUAGGGUUGAUUUUGUGUUAGAAAUGCAAAGUUGACACAAAAACAAAUAUCUCUACUGAGCAGAAUAGAUUCUUCCGAUUAUUUUGCUCUUAAGCUGUCUUGAAUAUAUGACAGCUUAUUUAUUUAUUUAUUUUUUAGUCAUUAUACCCAUCAGCUUCCUUUCUAAUGGCAUGACAGGGGUUUAAAGUAAUAUUGAAUCAGGUGGUAUUCUGGUAUAGUGUGUAGUAUUGCUUUCUCAAUAUGGGCCCAUUUUUGAUACUGAGCUCAGGUUAAUGUCUAUGGAGAAUUUCUGUGCAUGUUCCUCCCACGUUUCUUAUUUUUUCUCUUUUAAUUCCUCUCCGUAAUACAGCUGGAUUGUACAUGAUAAAGACCACAUACAUAGUUAUAGUUUAUACUAUUCACAUUCUGCUCAUGUUGUACGCAUGGGAUUUUGCUAAUUUUUUAAAUGACUUAAUAAUCAGUCCAAAAAAAUAUAUACAUUUUUUUUUUUUCAAUAUAUUUGCUAGGAAUUUUAUACAUUUAAAAAUUAAAAUUAAAACUGAAAACCACUGAAAUCUAAACUCCUCCAUACGUCGUCUUUGUCCUGAUCGUGUAGUGCUAGUGAUUUAACAUAUUAUGCUCUUCGUUUGUGUGUUUAUUAGAUUAUUGUUUUAAUCUUUUUAUUCUGUAACGUCCCUUUACAUCUAUUUGCUGACUUCUUUUAUUCAGCACUUUGGAAUUCUUUUUUCAUUCCUCUUCGGAGUUUUCGAAUGUGCUUUAUAAAUAAAACUGUCUUCCAGAUUUUUAUUCUCUACCAGUCCUCUAUGCUUUGACAGAGAAAAUACACACAGAGACUGAAUGGAAAAUGUGAUGCAUUUCACUGGUCUAUGCACCAGCAAUUCUUUAAAGAAGUAAUCAAUAAAUCAAAUAU